GAAUUUUAUGAUUUGUUUUGUAUGCAUAUAAAGUGUUCGAUGAAAUGCUACAAUGAAAGUUUACUACUUUGUAGAGUUAGUUUAAUGGAUUUAGUAUAUAUUCAUGGUGUUGUUAGUUUUAUAUUUGAAUUGACCCUUCUAAUAAGUGUUGUAAUACUUUAAUAUUACACAUUCUUGUAUACACAUUUAUACUUCCCUUACUCACAAUCAACAAUAAAGUGUAUAUAAAAUCACAUGAAAAACAUGCUUGUGUGUGAUAUGGAUCAUUAUUCCGUUUUAGUGUAUUGGGGUGGGGAAGUAAGUUAUACGGGAUACGAUGUUGUGUAUAAUGGAGGAUUGAAUGCAGUGAUGUUUAUCCAUCGUCAAAAUAUUACUUUUGAGGUGUUUCAUAGCAAAGCCUAUGAUGUAAUUGGUUGUGAUCACAACUCUUUUAUAUUAAAAAUGGAGAUGAAAUAUCCGGUGACUGGGAAAAAUGUGUUAGUCCCGGUUAAGAAUGAUGAAAGCAUAAGUGCUCUUGCUUAUGCGGCAUCACAAGCCCCUGGAAAGGUAAUGGAGGUUUAUGUCGAAAUGGUUGCAAAUUCGGAUAAUGCGAGGGAAGUCAUUCCGGUUUGGAGCUGGUUAUUCCGGAUGCAUGUGACACCCAACCUGAACUACAUGCGAUUGAUAGGAGGACUGGGGACAAGAACUACAUCAUACGACAUAGAUCGCAAGUAGAUUCGUGGAAUGACCGAGCAUCUCGAUUGGUUCAGGGAGAGAACUACACCGGUCAGAGCUCCGGGCGUACAUGUAUUAGUACAGGCGUAUCUCCAUACUACGCCUCAUGAACACCACAUUUGUACAGCCAGGAUCACAUUACCAUCCUACAUCUACGUUAUUGGCUGAGCGCAUCAGAUCGGUCCUUAUACAAUGCAAUGACACGAUGCACGGGGCCACUACAUUGCCCGUUGAUGUGGGGUAUCGGCUAUGUUCUCAGACCCUUGGCUCCAUUAACACGUCAUUGACCGAUGUACUGAGUCAGGCGGGGUAUGAUUACCUCAUUCCGACUCCACCCAUCAUUGAUGAGGUUGAUCAUACGUUCCACACUUCUUCUCCUCGGGGUUCGGGCCACCGAGGUAGCUCUUAUGGAGGAUCAAGUAGUCGGUCCACAAGAGGUCUCGAGCGUUUAUCUACUCGAGGUCAGUCUUCUAGAUCUUCAUCAACAUACGGUGCUAUGUCGCCAUUUAUUCCUCCAGCUUCCAUGAUUACUCCUCCACAUCCAUCGCCUCCGCAUAUGAUCAUUACAUAUCAACGUGCUAGUCAAAGACGAGCUCCAGCUCUUAAUGUCAUUGCAGAGGUUGACGAGUCUACACCAUCCUCAUCCACCGGUGCACACAACAAAAAGGGUCGGGGAUUGUAG